UCGAUGGUUUUAUUUCUAACUGGGAUUUUAGGAUUUAUUCUUAACCGAAAAAAUAUUAUCCUAAUGUUAAUCUCCAUCGAAAUUAUGCUAUUAGCAGUAGUACUAUUAAUUAUCUUAAGUUCAUUUAGUUUUGACGAUAUUUUAGGUCAAACUUAUGGUAUUUAUAUUAUUACUAUUGCAGGAGCAGAAUCGGCUAUUGGACUAGGUAUUUUAGUUGCAUAUUAUAGAUUAAGAGGUAGUAUUGCUAUUAAAGCAUAA